UUCCAGUCGGACCGAAUAUCAUAGCGCGCUGGUGCUGGUGCUUGUUGUGAUCGCUCGCUUUGCUGUGAUGUUGAGUAAUCGGUUAUGAGAUAAUUAUUAUGAUUUAUAGAGUUAUCUGCGGGUGUCAUCUCUUCACAUGGACCCGGAACACAGAGCCCUGCUGCGGAGACACCGGCUCUAUCUGUCCGGGCAGCUGCUGGUCUCUGACUCCAUCGUUCCGUUUCUGUACCAGGAGGACGUCCUGACGGAGGCUCAGGUGGAGGACGUGCAGUCUCAGCCCACAGACACCAGGAGGACUCUGAGGUUGCUGGACCUGCUGCCGAGCCGCGGGCCCCGGGCCUUCCCCCUGUUCCUGCGGGCUCUGGAGGACUUCAGCUGGGUCAGAGACAGACUGCUGCUGGAGCUCCGGACUCCACCCGGACCGGAACCAGGAGCGAGCUCGACAGAUUAUAAACGCUGUUAUCUCCGAUUGUCUCUACGCAGACGAGUGCCGGCUCCCCGACUCGCUUCUCCAGAAGGUCCCGUCAGAUCGGGAUCUGUCCCGGCUGGCGUCACGAAUCGGGGAGGAGUCAGAGGCGGUGCUGAUGGAUCUGGGUCUGUCGGCGGAGGACGUGUUCAGGUGUCGGUCGGAUCACGCUCUCUGCACGCAGGCGGCCGUUCUCUCCGCUCUGAUUCUGUGGAGACGGCGUGAGGGCCGGAGAGCGACGGUGCAGAGACUCGUGCAGAGUCUGAACGCCGCUCAGGUUCACCCGUCUGUCCUCGAGGACGUCCUGAAGUGACCCCGGAGAACCACUUCAUCUCCUUUUAACCCUUUACUUAAGAUCAUCAAAGACUUUAAAGUGACUGUGAGGAGGAUUUUAUAAAAAUGUUUGAGCUGAUCAUCUCACCACAAUAUGAAGAUCUUUGUUUUUUACUGAGACAGUUUGCACAAAAAUACAUGAAAACUCAUUUUAAACAAGAAAACAGUUUACAAUAAGAGAUUAAAUAUAUUAAAGAUGUUAGAUCAAACAGUAACAGCUCUGAUUCAAACUGAACUCAGGGUUUGUUGAGCUUUUCCUUCAACAUAGUCUAACUCAGAUUUCAGCCUUUAAAACUGAAUAAAAUAAUAAAUUCAUCCAAACAAUCAGA